AUGGAGACGACGAGGAGACUGUGGGAGAUCGGAGGGAACCUGGGAGAGUCGACCCCCGCGCAGGUCGUCCCUAUAACGUUGUUCGUGGCGGUUCUCUGCUUGUGCCUAGUGAUCGGACACUUGCUUGAAGAAAACCGAUGGGUCAACGAGUCCAUCACCGCUCUGUUAAUCGGAUCUCUGACUGGGACGAUAGUUCUUCUAGUCAGCAAGGGAAAGAGUUCACACAUAUUGAGAUUUGAUGAGGAGCUCUUUUUCAUCUAUCUCCUUCCGCCGAUAAUUUUUAAUGCAGGGUUCCAGGUGAAGAAGAAGCAGUUCUUCCAUAAUUUCUUUACAAUAAUGCUGUUUGGAGUGGUUGGAGUUUUUAUAUCUUCACCCAUCAUUACAGCCGGGAUCUGGUUGCUGUUUCCCAAGUUGGGUUUUAUUGGUUUGAGUCCUCAAGAUUAUCUUGGUAUUGGAGCUAUAUUUUCAUCCACAGACACUGUGUGCACUCUGCAGGUGCUGCAUCAAGAAGAAACUCCCUUGUUAUACAGCCUUGUUUUUGGGGAGGGAGUAGUGAAUGAUGCCACAACAGUUGUUCUAUUCAAUGCAGUUCAAAAGCUCGAUGUCAACAGAGUUGAUGGCUGGACAGCAGUCAAAGUACUUUUGGAUUUUCUGUACUUGUUCUCCACAAGCACUGCUUUAGGAGUUGCCGCUGGGCUUUUGACUGCAUUUGUUCUCAAGGGCUUGUACUUAGGAAGCAGACAUUCCAGUGUUCGUGAAAUUGCUCUUAUGGUUCUUAUGGCAUACCUGUCGUACAUGUUGGCUGAGCUAUUCGAACUAAGUGGGAUCCUGACUGUCUUUUUCUCUGGGAUUUUCAUGUCACAUUAUGCUUGGCAUAAUGUAACCGACAAUUCAAGAGUUACAACAAGGCAUGUAUUUGCAAUGAUGUCCUUCAUUGCAGAAACAUUUAUAUUUUUAUACGUGGGAAUGGAUGCCUUGGAUGUCAAGAAAUGGAAAAUGAGCAAGCUUGGUAUCUGGGAUUCGAUCGGUGUAUACUGUAGUGUCAUGUUCCUGAUAAUGCUUGGGCGUGCUGCUUUUGUAUUUCCUCUCUCGGCUUUAUCAAACUAUAUGAGCCGAAGGUCAUCAGCAUCGUCAUCAACUUCAUCAUCCAUAACAUUCAAACACCAGGUUGUAAUUUGGUGGGCCGGGCUUAUGAGAGGGGCAGUCUCCAUAGCUUUGGCUUUCAAACAGUUUACUCAUUAUGGCGUGCCGUGGGAUCCGGUCGAUGCCACAAUGGUGACGACAACAGUUAUCAUCGUUCUCUUUAGCACUUUAGUUCUUGGCUUCUUAACAAAGCCACUGAUUAUGUACCUUCUUCCUCACAAUAACAAUAACAAUACCAACAAGUUAGACCGUGAGCCGACUAUUUCUAAGGAGGAUAUGACGCUUCCUCUGCUCUCGUUCGAUGAAUCAGCUGCCACCAACCUGCACCGGGCAAAAGAUAGUUUAUCGAGGCUAAUAGAAAGGCCCGUCUACACUAUCCAUUCCUUCUGGAGGAGAUUUGACGAUGCGUAUAUGAGACCAAUCUUUGGGGGCCCGCUCAGCUCUCAGAAUAAUGUGGCGAGUCAUGAAGGCAGUUUGCGCGGUUGGCAUUUAGCAACGUGA